CUCCCCCCUUUUCGCUUGUUUUCCCCCACUAUCACACAGCAUAGCUAGCACCCCUAUAUUCACUGCUUCCCCGCAAAAAUGAAAGGCGCGUGCGUACUUGUCUGUUCCUUCCUUUUGUUUGUUGUUUCGCAGGACAUUUGCGUUUGCUACAAAAAUCCUCGCUUCAGUUCCCUGGCGACCGAGUCGAAAAAGGACUUAUCGGAGGACUUGAGCGAAUUGAACAAACUAAACGAAGAACUAAUUUCGAACGAAAGAGAAGAUGAAGACGACGACGAGGAUGACUAUGAAGAGGAAAAUCUCGAAAAUUCCAAUUUUGAUGAUAUAGCUCGGGAGAGCCUCGAAAAUGCUGAGGGGCAGGCAACUGUCGACCUGGAAAAUGUAGAAAUGGAUAAACUCCUGGACGAAGAAAUAUUCAGGAUAAUUCAGGAACGGCUGAAAAAGUUAUGGUACAUUGGGAGGUGCAGGAGGAACUACUCCGAUGUCUGUCCUUUGGGGUGGAAAGUAUCCGCUUAUGAUGAGAAUCUUUGCAUCCCACCUGAAACGUACGAAGGACCAUGCAGAUCGAUAGAUUUUUCGAACAGCACACAUGUCGACAAGGAGCUUUUCGCGUGGAAGUGCGAAGUGGAGUGGCCCUGCACGAACCCCCCCAAAUUAAGAGUCAUGGAAAAGUGCCCCUUCAGAUGGACCCUCGUGGGGAGUAAUUUGUGCAUAGCGCCGGAGGUAAGUGCCGACUGCUCAGCGCAGUUUGUUCAUCUGGCGAGGCGAAAAAAGAAAAAAAAAAGUAGACAUAUGGGCAGAUAUGCUUCGUAUACCUGCAAACGGGUUUCACCUGGUGCUCGAAUGCUGCGUGUAGGAGGAUAAGACACAUGUCAUAGUAAAACCUGCAGCCUCGCACGCAUAUGCACUGUCUAACUUUAAAAGUUGUGAAUGGGGAAAUGCUUCAGAUAAAAUUCAUGGCGCGGAUAUUUUUCCACCCAUUUGAAGGAUUACAUUGGGAGGUGCUCCCCCGCCAUGGACUUCGCAAAUUACGAUUACGAGACACGCGUUAGAUGGGCCACUGAAUGUAAAAGGAGAAAUGAGAAAUGAGAAAAAGGGGAAGAAAAUAACCCCCGAGGGGAUAGAUAAAAAGGCACAUGCCUUUACCCGAACAGUUAUCUACUUCUCUCUUUCUACCAUGGAUGAGUGCACCAUUUUGACAUUUUUUUCUUGCGCGUCGUUUGAACCAUAUUUAGGUAACGUCCAGUGGGCUCCUCUACCUCCACCUAAGAUUGCAAAAUCGAAGGACGCAAUUUUGAGGGCCUCCUCCGGGGGCCCCGUGGAAGAAAGUGGAAACAUUAUAAAAAUUGUCCCAAAAAAGUGAUUUUUUUUUUUUUUUUAAAUUUGAAGCAAAUGUUGUUCCUCUUUUUCUUCCCAUAAAUGUGCUUGUCCGUUUUCAUAAAAUGGUCAAUUGUUUGAGUAUCACUUAUUUUUAAAAAUACAAAGUUUUAUUAAAAAUGUAAAAAUUUUACAAAGUGGUAUAUGUUAAUU